UCAGAGAGGAGCAUCGGGGUCAGCAGCGGCUCUUAACUUUGGACUAUAAAGGCACGUCUAGACGGUGCUGCAAUGCUGCUGCAGGGAGGACUCUGUGCUGCCUCUCUGGCACUUUUAUUUUAUUUUUCCACUUUGGAGCGAACUGUGGUGCUCGCCUUCAAUCUUGACACCAAUCAUGUCAUCAGGAAAGACGGGGAACCGGGGAGUCUGUUCGGGUUCUCUCUCGCCAUGCACCGGCAGCUUAACCCGGAUAAAAGAAUGUGAGUGAUGACUUUUCCCUUCUACUUUGAACUUUACCACCUACCUGUAUGCUUUCUUUCACAUGUGACUGUUUGAAGGUGCACCUUACGAAACAGGUUCACUUUAUCUACUAAAGUAUAAUUUCAAACUUUCUCGUAAUAUAAUCCCCUUUAAUCUCAGAUUAUAGUUGAAGUACCCUGGAUUUAUAAUAUCCUCACAAUCUCAGGCUCUAUCUGUGUUAGAUUAAUGAAAUCCUUUGCAUGCACAGGUUGUGAUUUAAGGAGUGGCAACAUCUAAAAGUUACUGUAACUGUUACAGCCUUUGGUGUUUUGUGAGUAGGUUUGCGUGUUUUUUUGUUCCAGUUUUCUAAAGAGGUUGUCUGUCUCCCUGUGGAGCUUUGGAUGUUCACGGGGAAGAAGCUGAAAGACAACAAGUGGAUCAACAAUGGUUAUAACUGUGAUGCAAAUGUGCCUGUGAGGUCAAACUGAGGGGUCACAGAGCACAGAGAAAAGUAGUGUCCAUGUUGCGUGUUGGUCGAUUAAUCGAUUAAUCCUUCCACAGAAAACGAAUUUUAACACAUGGUAAUUAGUGACUAAAGUAAAAUGCUAAUGAUGUCAUUCAGUGCAUAAUUUAGGAUUUAGAAAACCUUAUUUAGUAGUUUAAUUUUUCUUUUUGAUCAGCUAUUGAUUAUAUCUGAGUUAUUUCUGUCAGGUUUUUAUCAAACCAGGUUGUUAAAGGUUAGAUUUUGUGUCAUAGUGAAGGCACUCAUUAGUAAAAUGUUUCUGUGCCAUUAAAAAGAUUCCCAUUGAUAGAAAAAUGUGUUAUAAUGAAUCAUAUCCUCUGGUCAGCCCCGAGGGGUCAGAGAUGACAUCAGUGUAGUGAGCCUGGUCAUCCUGCCACACAAAAAGUAUGUGAGGGGUAAAGUGAGGGGGGAUCCAGGGUGGGGUUGUGUGGUAGAGACUGCAUGGUGGAGCUACUGUAGACACUGGAGCAGGAACAGGAGCCUGCAGCAGCAUGUUGAGACAUAGAAAGCAGGGACGAGAAUUUGAGAUAGCGGGAUUUUGAGAGAUUUCCCAAAGAUCAGAGAGAUUAGGCUUAAGUUAAGGAAUUUUAUCUUCCUGGUGUUUUGACUGAAAGGAGGCUCUUGUUGUAAAGGAUUGCUAGUUAUACAAAACUCAAGCCUGUCUUUUCAAAUGCAUAUUUUUGGACAAGGACCCCUUUGUGCUCUCCUGAAAAGAGGCACGUUUACUUUUGUCAGAGCUGAUAAGUGUAAAGAGAGUGAAAGUCAUGGAAGUGGAUGUAAUAUUUGUUGGGCAAAUAGAGGCUUGAAAUGUCACACAUGCCUGAUUGUUGGUUUUCAGCCAGUAAAAGUAAGAGGAGAGUGAAGAUUCACCUGACAUACUGGGCUGUUAGGAGGCUGUUUUUAGAUACAGGCUUUUCUUGGUUAAAGCUAUUGUGGUUUUUUUCUCUCUCUAUUUAUAACAGACUGAAACAAAUACUGACGUGUCUUUAUGACCUAUAAAACUGACUAGACUAUUUACAAAAAGACUGGCUGUUUCUAUACUGCUAAUUCCAAUUGCAACAUCAAGUUGGGUUCUUGGAUCUGAACUUUUUGGCCUCAUCAUCCUAGGAACACAUGAUGAUUGUCAAGUACCAGCAUUGAUACCAAUCCAAAUCCAUCAGCUUAUAAAGGCCCACAUCUUUCUCUAUGCUUUCUCCAUGAUUUUCUUUUGAAGCUCUUCUACCUCUGGGUGGUCACAGACUCAGGGGUUAUGGACAAGUGAUCACAGGUGCUGAUGUUUUAUAUUUUUCAGGAAGUCUUGUUGGUUCAGGUUCAGAUGACAGGUCUUGAGAUGCUAAUAUUUAAAUUGCUAGUAUAAAACUGGAUAUGAUAUCUAGUUUAUGAUCUUAAUAGUGACUUGGAACCUGACUUAAUCUAUGAAGAUGUAAAAACUCUCCUAAAAAAGAUUGAAUCAGAGGAGGCUUGGCAUAUUUCACUUUAAAAUGACUUAAAAAAGAAAUGAUUUCAAGAUAUUUCCAUGUAGUCAACCUACUUCAAAGUAAUCAUAACAUAGGUUCAGCUGUACUGACAAUGAACUGCUUGAAAGCUACACUUAUAAAAUCAGUUAUUGGUCAUAGCCAAGUCUUUAGGUUAGAACAUAUGUGUCUAUAUUACUGCUAAGAAACUCUUCUUCCUAUACUGUAAAUAUUAUAACUGACUGGUAUGGAUUUAGAAAGCUGCUUCAAGUUGUCUGCUAUAUGUCAGCUUUAAAUCCUCAUGUGACCCCGAUGUAAUCAGCCAGACAAAUCAAGUGAAAGCUCGUUAGAGUUCCCAGCAGCAGGUAAUGAGCAGCAAUGUCUGACUUAAAGCUGUUAGGAACACGACCAAGCUCAUGAAACCACUAACCGGCAGCAGUGUGUCUCACACUCUGCAUCUGUCUCUGUUGCUCUUACUGGAACAUGUGUUUGAUGAUGAUCGCCAGCAGCUGCUAAGCUCUACUGGAUAUUACCGCUUACAUUAAUGUGAUUAUCAUGAAUCAGAGGUGAGGAGAGGAAUGCUGGCUCUCACAGGAUCCAUUGUAAACGCUGAUGUAGAGCAACGACCAACGUGGCAAGAUAGACUAAAUAGAGCUAGACUUCCAGUGUUUAAGAACCAAUCGCUUAAUAUCUUACAGUUAAAGCCCCUGUGAUGAGUUUUGGUGAAUUAUGAAACAGACUGGAUUAAACAGUAUUGCUUCUCUAUGAUAUAUGUAAGCAAAUAAGAUCAUUGACAAGAAAGCUUUGACCAUAGGGGGCGCCAAAGUCAACACAGAUAAAAAAGUUAAUCGCAGGAGCUUGAGCUGCAUCAUCAGACUAAUUAUGUGGUGAUUAAAACAGAAGUGUUGAGUUAAAGAAAUGUUUUCUCUAAUAAGUUUAUUAAAGGGGGCUUUAUGGUCUUUCUAAAAUCAGUUUCUAAUGAUGUGUAAGAAAGCAAACUCUUAUUUUAGCGUCAAACUGAGCACAUUGUAAUAUACUGAGUAUUGACUGAGUGACUCAAAUGAAUGAUGCGUAGGUUAAUGAUGUGGAUAUAACAUCCAGUGAAAGAAACCAGAGAGAAAGGCAAUUUGAGUGGACAUGCACGGCCAUCUGUGCCCCAGUAACCUGAUAGAUGAGACCCAUCAGUGACUCACCAGUAAAGACAUACCUGUCAAACUUAAGUUUGGCUUUAUUUUAAAGAGGUUGUGUUGCUUAGGAAAGUAUUCAUAGCUGCAGUUAAAAAUUUAGGUAGGAAACAGGUUAAAGUCUUUAUUCAUGAUUGUGUCUGUGACAGUGGACACAGCCUAUCACAGCUCAGCACCAAUCACAGUUGUGUGUGAGUGCUCGUGUGUGUGUAAACUGAAACAGUUAGAACAGCUGCAGCAGUUCUUGUGGCUUUGAGUGCACAGCUGGAGGAGCUCUGGCCCACAUCUGCUAACAAAGGCCAGUGAGAUCACUGUGUAAACCCUCAGCAGUCACAAUUCAUGCCCAUUUGUGCUGCACUGAAAGACAUGCUGCAUGGUGAGAGGUGGUGUCACACUGUAGCCUAUUGUUGCUUUACAAAAAAGUGAUACAGUAGACUUUUAAUGACUCCUUUUACAUUCAGUAACUUACUCAAAAUUAGGUUUUGUGUUGUUUUAAAGCCUGUUACUCAAAAGUUUGCUGCAAAUUUUGAUGUUCAAGAAAAUUGCUUUAACAUUUUACUGUACUGUAGUGCAAUUUCCUGUCACUGACACAGACCUUAUGUCUCUGGUAAAACAUCUGUUUUGAACUGGUAUAUGUAUCUCUAUGAAUGUAAUACAGUUCACUGUGAGUUCAUGUUCAGUCAAAGACCUGCAGCUGCAGUUGGAUUCCACUGUUUUGCAGAUGAUUUGAUGUUUUAUGUUGUUGACUGUGAUCAUUGUAACAUAUUUGGAGUCUUUCUGAGCACUUCCAGCAGUCAUCAUAUUUAUAGCUGUAGAAAAAAGUAACACAAAUAUUUAAAGAAUGUCUGAAAAACAAGGUUAUGUGUCUGCUAGUCUGCCAUGUUAAUGGCAGAGCUACUCCUCAAAUACUUGCUAAAUUCAACAACUUUCCAAAGAAGCUCUGCUGUUAUGUUGGAGUUAUUUUCUUUUUCAUGUGUCAGGAGUCUGUCAUAAAUGUUGAGUUUUCUUGUGCAUUGCUCUCAUGUAGUUUGAUCUUUGCAUCUUAAUACGAUUCAUUUACUGUCAUACAGUAUCUGAUUGAUUCUACAACAUCAUCCAUGAUUUCAGUGUUCAACAGUUGUACCUCUGGAAGAUAAUAACCUCUAUUCUGAGUUUAAAUGUUCUGAACAUUUUGAAGCUUAUAUUUGGAUUUGCAUUUGACUGGAUUUUGUUUGAGGGAAGGGUUUGCAGUUUAGUCUUCAGACUCGGCUCAGUAAGUCCUUGUUCUGCAGAUGAUGCUUCUCAAGGAUGUGAGACAGAUUAGAAAGUGUGUUACUGAAGGAAGUGUGCAGUAACAAGGAGGUGAAAGGGUGGAGAGGAUAUCCUCGUCUUUGAGAAAAUCCUCACACAGUGCUCACACUGUUCAGCUCAAACAUAAUAGCAGGGUCUCCCUUGGGUCUCACAGUUGUAAGACUUCAUAUAAAUGGCUCUGGAAUUGAAUUGAUACUUGAUACUGUUCUUUAUUAUAACAGGUUAUUUAUGUUCUCAUUAUUUACAGGUCAGCUGAUCUAGUUUUCAGAGAAGGCUGAACCAUUUUAAGGUUUAAAUGAAUCCUUAUUGACAUGCAGGAGUAGGUUUUAGGUCAAAUCUCAGUUCUUCAUAAGCACAUUUACAGUCAGUUGGAAGUUUGUCAGAUCUGUAAAUAUUUUCUAUAGGAGCUCACUUGUUAAAUAUAAUAGUUUUUAUCACUCUUAGUUCAAUCUUUCAUUUUUUUAUUCACGUCAAUAGGAAGCAUAAAAGUUGGCCUAAGCCUGAUUUGACCAUGUUGGGGAGCUAAGGUUGGCUGAAAUGGCUCACUAGCAACAUUUAAUCAAAUUUCUCUCAGACAGCUAACAAUUUAGCCAACAAAAGUGACAGUUGUUGGCUAUAAAUGAGAAAUCUACUUAUUUGUGUCCAUACUUAAAUCCAGUAUUCAACUAAGAAUUGAACAUUUUAAAAAAGUCUCCAUCACUUUUGUAAACUCUCAUUGUUUUUGUUUUUUUAAGUCUGUUUGCCAGACAUAGCAACAGUUACUACUUAAAGGGUGAGCUGAUGGAUGUUGCAAUAUGGAUGUUAGCUACAAAGCUUCAAUAUUUCUCUCACUGUUUAUUUUCAGUGCAAAAUCAACUCAUGCAGUUACUGGGCAACCACAGACAGGAAAUGGUUUAGUUUGGUUUGGUCUCUUACCAACACAAGUCUUGCACCAGCAAAGUUAACACCUUGACAGUAUGCAAAAUAUCAAAACGGAGUCAAUAUGAUACCAAGGUUUCAGGGGGGUUGAAAAAGGGUUUCACUUUAGAAAGUGAAGUAAAGUACAGGAAGUUAAAGUCUAAGCUAUGCCCAACUUGUCCACAAGUUAAUUUAUCUGUAGUCAUUCUUAACAUCUGUCAAAGUAUUUACACAAAGUUUGUAACAGUGGUGCGCUAAUAUUAACCACCCAAAACAGAUAACAUAGUUAUAUCACUGUAAGUUUUUCCCUUCUUUUUCAAAGGAUGGCAAAUAAAUUCAGGUCUGCGCCACUGAGUGGAAAUCAAAGAUAUUUCAAUGAUAGUCCAAGUCACAUUUAUUGGAAUAUUUUUCUAUAACUUUAUUGUUUGUUAGGCAUAAGUCCUAAAUCAAUGUAUAAAAGAAGAGCUGAACCCUUUUCAUCAGAUAAGUGUUGCUGAUAAUGUCAUCUCUGUAACUCCUGAAACACAUCCUCUUUUCAUGCCUGUCGAGGCUGUGUGAGAUUGUGGGUUUAGAGGAGAAGUUGUGGUCAGUGAACUGUGUUUGGACAGAACAGUGAACACGCUCCAAAUUGUCUGCCUCACUGCUCCUUUGCCCUCUGCAGAAUGUCAGAACAGUACUCCACUGUCCUGUACCGAAGUUUCCAGUUUGUUCCUUAUCACAGAAUCGCUUCUUUGAGAGAAUGAUUGAGCACAAACAGAAUUCAGAUGCCAAACAUGCUUAAUCAUCCUGAGAAAUAUGCGGCAUAAGUGGAAACCAAAACGUCACUAGAAAGACCUUUACAUGUAUGUCUGAUAUGAGCCAAAUAGAGCCCACCAGAGUCUUCACAGAGAUCUGAGACUCUACAAGAGAUCACCAGAGGGGAUUAAGCCUCCUUAGAUAAUUGAACUUCUAACCCUUUCUUUGGAUUUAUUUUUGUCCUGGAAAUGAUCCUGGACGCGGAUUGUUUCACUCAGAGUUAACCUCGAUGUUGCCUUCAUGAAGUACUUUAUAUCGAUAUAUCUUAUUUUAUCCUGGUCCAGUAAAUAUUGUUUACUUCAAAAUCCUCAAUAUGAUCUGAUUUGAUUUUGGAUUCCAAGUCAGAGAACUAUCAGCUGAUAACCUUUGAGUGGACUGAUUGAGAUUAUAGUAUAGUAUUUUUUUUUGCCUCAGUGUUUCCUGAUUGGUUUUCCUGCCACACUUCAGCUGGCAGCAUUUCAGAAUUCUGGCCAUAGAGCAGCUGCUGGACAUGAGCUUUAAACAGCCAUAUGUGGUGGAUAACCGAUUUAAAGAAUUUACCAGCAAUAAAACACCAGAAUCAAUAAUACUAUCAUCCAACUAUUUAAAGACUAGAUUUCAAACCAAUUAGAUUAAUUUAGAAUAAAAUCAAACACUUUUUAAACUGCCUCUUAGUGCCAACAUGCUGCACCGAGAGGCAGUGGAGUUUCCAGGGUUAAAGAGUUCAGUAACAGCAACGUAACUGUCGGCCCACCCACUUGGCACACAUAUCAUCCCAUUGAGGAGGCUUCAUGAUGGCUUAUGGUCACGCACUUGAUAAUGAUGCUGUGGCAACAGUCAGCUGUGCAAGUUUGUGAAUGGGAUUCUGUCAGUGUGCCUCUUGGUGCCUGUAAUGCCACCUAUGAUGUGGCCUAUAUCAUUAAAUUGAUCUGCAUCCAGGCAAGUAAUUGUUCUGUCCUACUUCAGUAAACAAUUUUGUUUCAGUCACUGUUUGUUAGAAAAGACCAGCUAAUUUUGUCUGUGCCCACCCACUCUAUGAUUUCUGCCUGUGCUACUACUCUGUUCAUAUUUCACUAUAUGUUUUAUUUGUUGUGACAAUGUAUAUGUCAUACUGUGUGAUAUCUCAUGAGUGACAGAGAGGAGAGGCCUGUUUUCAUGGUUGUUUCAACGUUUAUUUCCAUCUUUAAAGUCAGCACAAGCAGAGCAGUGACAUGCACUCAUUUGAUGUGACAUCAGACAUCAUCCUAAUCAGCUUGUGGGAGACUGUAACUGUAAUUGAUGCUGCUCUAAUUAAAGGGAUAUUCCGGCGUAAAAUUAAGCCAGGGUCAAACACACAAAAGAGCCUCUCUACAGCCACAAAUAAUGCUCAGAACAGCACCUAACUUCAUUAACAGGGUCCCAGCCAUAGUACUAGCCUUCAAACAUCUUUUUAGCUUUGCCUGGUUUCUUUAGUAUACAGGUGGAUUCAGUCAUUUAUUAAGAGCUUCAGCUGGCCAUCAAUCUCCCUCCUCCCACCUGUACAGGAUCCCUCUUUUUACUGUUUGUUACGACCCAGCUCGUGAGGGGUUAGCAACGAAUCAAGGGGUGAGCAGCUCCCUAUCCCCAACAAUUCCACAAAAAAAAGAUAUACAAUGAAAUCGCCUUCACACACGAAUGCCAACACAGAUUUCCUGACAAGAGUGUAGCGAACGCCAGUAUCUGCCCAUGAAGCGCUCUCAUCGCCCAUCCCCGAUUGGUCCUGCGGACUCAGCCCAUUAACCAAUCAGCAGCUGGUCCCCGUAGUCCUCUCAUAGUCACACAGAAAGAAAUAAACAUGACAAAAGGUGACUCUGAACUAGAGUGUAGCAUGUCACUUUCUGAAAUUAGCUCAAAACAAGGUAAUCAGGGCAACACAUAUAGUACAGCCGUAACAUUGUUUUUCCUGUGUGGAAGUUUGAGUUUGGUUAUUUUUCAUCUCAUACUGUCCAAACCAUCAAAGAAGUGUUGUGUUGCUGCUUUUGAGGAAACUUCUUCAGACAGCUAACAAAGUUACAUUUUUGGUGUAUGUCAAAAAGCUCACUGUUUAUUAUUGUAUGUACAACAGUCAUCAUCAUGUGUUAACUUUGGACUCCAGGAAAGCAGAACACAGUUUGUCAGAUGAUACAGUUAACCUCAACUGAAAAAUAAAUACUUAAAGUUUUUGUUUUUUAUCUGUAUUUCUAGGCUGUUAAUUGGUGCACCCAGAGCCCGAGCUUUGGGCACACAGACUGCCAACAUCACUGGAGGUCUUUAUAAAUGUGAAAUGACCCAGAGCAAUGACUGUGAACGCAUUGUGUUUGAUAAUGAAGGUGAGCUUUCUAUCUAUCUAUCUAUCUAUCUAUCUAUCUAUCUAUCUAUCUAUCUAGCUAGCUAGCUAGCUAGCUAGCUAUCUAUCUAGCUAUCUAAAUGUCAGUCUGUCUAUAGAAAAUUGAUAUUGGUGCUAAUAUUUUUGCCUUUUGUUUUAUUCCAAAAGAAAAUGUUCGAAUUGAGAAUAAGGAGAAUCAGUGGAUGGGGGUGACGGUUCAGAGUCAGGGGCCUGGAGGAAAAGUUGUGGUGAGUCAAACUGACCUUCUCAUUCACCGUUUCCAGCAACUUUAUGUCCAACUCAGUGUGCAGCUCUAUGUAAGAAUCAUAGUUUUGACUUUAACCUGGCUGUUAUCUUUUUUAUAUAUCAGACCUGUGCACAUCGCUAUCAGAGGCGUUUGUUUGUUAACACGCCUCAGGAGUCUCGGGACAUCACUGGUCGCUGUUAUGUCCUGAGUCAGGAUCUGACCAUUGACUCUUCUUCUGAUGAGGACGGAGGGAACUGGAACUUUUGUGAGGGCAGAGCCAGGGGUCAUGAGAUGUUUGGAUCUUGUCAGCAGGGUUUGGCUGCCACCUUCACCAAGGACUACCAUUACGUGGUGUUUGGCGCACCAGGAGCUUAUAACUGGAAAGGUUGGUGACAUACAAAUACAAACCUUAUACCCUCAAAUAAUUUAUGCUGUGUUCUCACUUAGUGAAUUUUUGUGAUUUGAAUUAUAAUUGAUCUCUCUCGGCAGGUAUCGUUCGAGUGGAGCAGAAGAACAACACUUUGCUGGAGAUGGGAGUGUACGAUGAUGGCCCGUAUGAAGUUGGAGAUGAGCAUCUCUUGAACCCCGAGCUUGUGCCUUUACCUGCUAACAGCUACCUCGGUGAGUGUCUACCAUAGACUGUAUAUAGAAUGGACGCCAUCUGCCUCCUCGCUGAGUGAAGCCACCCGAGAACAGCACCCUCUGGUGACGGGCUGCAGUAUAGGUCAUAAAUCCCGCCUCCUUCAGCAAUCCCUAUGGAGCUGUGGACAAACUCUAGAAAUUUAUUACACAGAAUAUAAUUUUUUUCCCCCUUGCUUGCAAUGUUGACAUGUAGUUACAGUAAGACUGGUUUGUGCUCAAGUCCUCUUUUUUUCUGUGCAGCUCCAUUUUUAAAGUUAUUAGGGGGUUCAUGUUUUCUAUGAUUGACACUUGAUACAGCCUAUGGGUGUAUGAAGAUUGCACAGCUCACCCGAGGGAUAUGCUGUUUGAGCCGAGCGUCAUCACAAUAACUCUAGGCGACUCUCCUGCCGAAUGCGUACAAUGCUACUGCGCAAAUGGUGUGGUGCGUCCAACGCAACUGCGAAAUGUUGGUUUCAGGAAGUGGAGAAAAAAUGCAGAAUUACAGAGAGCUUUUCGGCUUCAAAUCUGUGUAUUAGUGGAAGGCGGAACCAAGUUGUCUAUAGUAUAUACAGUCUAUGGUGUCUACCCUCAAAACCUUUUGAUGGAACCGUUCAUUAUUGAAGUUAUGAGUUCCAAAUGUUUUCUUAUUGUAUCAGAUCCAAAUGUGUGUUCUGAAAAUGAUCCAUGAACCUGGUGUAAUACUUUUUUUCAAUUACAAUUAAUAAAGCACUCUAAUACCAACAAGGUACUGCAAAUUCAGGUUUGCAAAAGAACAUUUGUUGACAGAUGUACAAGCUAAAAAUAUUCUUACAGAAAGGAGUGCAUGUGUGUCUUCACAAGCAAACUCCUCAGUAAAAUUAAACUGUCCCUCUCCCUGUGUGUGAAAACAAUUUCAUUCUCCAUUUGCACGUCUGAAUCUAAUGACAACUGUCAAUGUUUGCUCCCUCUAAGUACUUUUCCUACCAUUGUUACCAGCUGCUUACAGUAAGAGAAAAAUGACAGGAAAGGACUUUGGUCCUUGUUGCGGCACUAGUGUCUCCUACUGGUCAGUAAGUUAAACUGCAUAAAGUAAGAGGACUUUGAAAAUCUGUGCAGGUGAAAAGCCACCCCCCAGGACCUACAGGAAACAAUCUAUUUUUGUGCAAAAGCAGAUUUUCAUUUUCAAUAUUUCUUUGUUUUUAGGAUUUUCCCUAGACUCAGGGCACAAAAUCACAGGGAGUCACGGCCUGACGGUGGUGGCUGGAGCACCCAGAGCCAAUCACAGUGGAGCUGUGGUCCUGUUGAGGAAAGAAAACGAAUCCUCAGGCAAGCUUUUGGUGGAGCACACUCUUCAGGGACCAGGACUGGCAUCUUCCUUCGGAUACGACCUGGCUGUAGCUGACCUGAACGGCGAUGGGUAAGAAAAAUUUCACUGCAGUAUUGGAUAUGUAAGAAUCACAAAAUGCGGAAAACUAUACUCAUAUGUUAAAGAAAAGUGUGUUAAACUUUGAAGUUUUUGAAAGGAUCUGACUUCCUUUAAGGUGUUUUUACUAUAACGCUGUCAUAUUUAAGUGAUUUGUGUCCUUUUUAAUGGACUUCUGAUAUAUUAGUGAUUUGGCCGUACUCUGCAUAACAGCUGUUUACUUCUCUUCUUGGAUGCAGAUGGCAGGACAUAGUUGUCGGAGCGCCUCAGUUUUACAUGAAGGACAGAGACAUUGGAGGAGCUGUUUAUGUUUACAUCAACCAGGCAGGAAGAUGGGACAGAGUCAUUCCUGUCCGUUUAAACGGUACCAAAGACUCCAUGUUUGGACUGGCUGUGGAGAACAUCGGAGACAUCAACCAAGACUCGUAUGAAGGUAAUUCAGCUAACAUUUUCCAGGUUUGUUCAUCUGUUGGUUGAUUUUUGUCUUAUCAGGUUUUCUUUUCCUGUGCAGACAUCGCUGUUGGAGCUCCUUAUGAAGAUGGCGGAUCAGGAAAAGUCUAUAUAUAUCAUGGCUCUGCACAAGGAAUCAAAACCACACCUGCACAGGUCGGUUUGUUGGAAUUAUGAGUAGAUUUCUGAGAUUAAGAUUUCUGUGGCUGUCUUCACUGACAACAGUUUAUCAUGAAUUUGAGAUCAAACCACAUUGAAAUUGUUGCUUUUUACAGGUCCUUUCAGGAAAGCCGCACCACAUUAAACUCUUUGGAUACUCUCUGGCUGGAAACAUGGACUUGGACAGUAACUCUUAUCCAGAUGUGGCUGUGGGAUCUCUGUCUGACUCAGCUUUAAUCUACAGGUAAUUUUUUCCCCCUCACACAUUAUGAUUAAAUUUAAACCUUACUGGUUUGUAUUAAACUUUAUUUAACUGCCUUUCUUUCAGAGCACGGCCAGUCAUCAGCAUCAGGAGGGAUGUCAAAAUAUCUCCACAGGAAAUUGACCUCUCAAUAAAAAACUGUGGGAACAGCAUUUGGUAGGUGUUCAACGCUUUAUUUCAGCUGGCCUUGUGGUUAAAAUAUCCAAUCUUAAAAGUUAAUAUAAGACAUUUUCUUGUUCCUUGUGAGUAGGAUAGUUGCAUUGGUGUAAAAACUGUAAGUGUACUUUAAGCAAUACUUAAAAGCUCACUGUAGUAUUGAUGUAGAUUUAAAAUGCUGUUAUUUUACAUGGCAAAACAUCUUUAAAAUAACGGUAAUGUUGCUUUCUAUUGAGGCCAUCAGUAUAAUAAAACCCAUCAGCUCUUGCAUUCUUUUAUCCUCAUACAUCAUCUCCUGUGUUUAGCUUCACUGUGGAUGCGUGCUUCACCUACACAGCAAACCCUGCAUCUUACAACCCAAGACUUAGUAAGUGACGCCACGUUAAAACCUCUCAUUUCAGAGAUUCAGCAUUUCUUCAGCUGCUCUAACAUGUGCUUCCUUCCUCAUCACAGCGAUCAGCUUCUCUGUGGAGGCUGAUGGAGAUCGCAGGAAACAGGGGCUCCCCUCCCGAGUGACGUUCCUGAAUAAAUCCCGCACAGAAACAGACCACCACUUUAACGGCACCUUGGACAUCCGGGGCCAAAGACAGGAAACGUGCACAAAGAUAAUAGCCAAACUGAAGGUAAGAAAUAUGUACCUCACAGAACAGAUAGAUUUGAUAGGAAAAACUUAUCAAAGACAUAAUUUCAAUUAAUAAAGGUUGAGAAAUAUUUUGGUAUUUGGUUAUCUGAUUAUUUGGGCAGAAAACAAUAGAUAAAAAAAAUGAUGUGCAGCCAAUUACUUGGUUAGACUUUUAGACUCUCAGGCAGAAUAGAAAUUCAAAUAAGCAAAAAAGGAUGGUAUUUUUCCACUCCGGUGUAGCUGAAGCCUUUAUUUUUCCUAAUCCUGCUGCUUCUGUUUCUGUUUUUCCUCCAGGAAAACAUUAAGGACAAAAUGAGAAGCAUUCCCAUCGAGGUGUCUGCAGGGAUUGUUGGCACUAAAAGAAGACAGUCGAGGAACGCCCUCCCUCAGCUCAUGCCAAUAUUAGACUCCUCUCAGCCGAGCAAAGACGUCAUACAGGUGAGUGUUCAGUCUGAAACAUUCAGUCAAAAGUUAUCAAGCAAAAUCUUUACACAGGAGAAACUCUUGAAUGUGUUUUCCACACAUUUUCUUUUUCAGGUGAACUUUGUCAAAGAGGGCUGCGGGAGGGAUCACAUCUGUCGAAGUAACCUGAAGAUGGAGUACAAGUUAUUCUACAAACAAAACAACCUCGAUGUGUACUCUCCGUUAGCCAUGUGAGUUCUUUCACCUCAUUUCUUUAAAGCAACAGGUCACCUGAAAGCUCAGAGCUCAGCCUGACGUGAUCGAAUAUAUUUGUGUAUCUGCAGGAAGAAUAAUGUCCCCGUGUUUCAUCUGAACUAUGAGAGGAAAGACUUGGCUAUACGUGUGACAGUCAACAACAUGAACGGAGACGACGCUUACGAGGCAAAGCUGUUGGGGACUUUCUCAGAGACGCUGUCAUAUUCAGGAGUCCGCUCUCAUCAAACAAUGGUAAACCAGACAGCAUCUCUAGUGACACCUGGAGUGUGGUUGUGGUACUGCUUACACAGGCUAAGAGAUUGAUUUUGGUGUUAUGCAUUUUAGUUUUUUUUUUUCUUGUCAUUUGGAUUAGAAAUUGUUGCAUGUAUGAAAAUAACAAAGUAGAUUUUGGCCUGUGGGAGACGAUUUUUUGAGAGAUUAACACCUAAAUUAUUUAUCCAUCUCCAGCUCAGUACCUUUUAUUUCUAUUAGCUUGAAGGCUUAGCUGUGCUUUAAUGAUGCAUUAUAACUAUGCUACCAUACACCGAUGAAGCAUUUGACUUCAGUAUAUACCAGCACCAUUAUAAUAUCUAAAUUUUAUCAAAAAUACAUCAUUUAGACCUCUUUCCUGACACUUGAUAUAAAUGUAAUCCUUAUACAAAAAACUUGGAAUAUAGUGCUCACAUCUCUCAAGUCUGAUCACCAUCCAGGUCUUUGAACUUCCCUCCUCCUUUUCAGGUAGGGAAGCCCAUCAUCUGCAAUGCCAAUCAGAACGGCUCUCAAGCAGACUGCGACCUGGGAAAUCCUUUUAAAAGAGACUCCAGGGUAAAGAGACUGAACUCAUCCUCAGAUUUGCAUUUUCACUUUGACACUGUAAUUCAAGAAGUGCAAUUUCAGAUGUUUUUGAAUCUUACUUCCACCAGACGAUGUUUUACAUCAUCCUGAGCACUGUGGGCAUGACUCUGGACACCACAGAGAUUAAUGUGGAUCUUCAUCUCCAAACGUAAGUACAGCUGCUGCAGCUGUGAGGGUGUGAGAGAACUGAACUGCAGAAUGCACCUGUUAGACAUUUGCCUUUUCUUUCAGGACGAGUGUUCAAGAAGAUAUGACUCCUGUUAAAGUAAAGGCCAAAGUGAAAAUUGAACUUCCUCUGUCUGUCAGUGGGUGAGUACAUUAGACUAUGAUCAACUUCACUUAAAUAUAAGUUUAUUACCUCAGUGUGAUUUGAAAUGUAAAUAUUUCUGAUCAUUUUCUCAGAGAGGCCAGCCCAAAUCAGGUUUCAUUCGGAGGUGUUGUGAAAGGUGAAAGUGCCAUGAAGACAGAGGAGGAGAUCGGAAGUUUGAUCAACUUUACAUUCAGAGUAAGUCUGUUUAUCAACCAUUGAUGCUUAUGUAGGUGCAGGUUGUCUUUCUGGGUUUUUGACAUGGUUUCCUCUACAGAUAAACAACUUGUGGAAAACUCUGACAUCCUCAGUCAAAGCCUCUCUUCACAUUCACUGGCCAAAAUAUAACAAAGUUGGAAAAUGGCUUCUUUACCUGGUGAAGAUCACCUCUACAGGACCACAGGAGGUCCUCUGCUCCCCGCAGUCUGAAAUCAGCUCUCUCAAACACAUCAAGGUGGUGCCUUCAGACCUCUUUGUAUAAAAUCAAAUCAACUGUCAGUUUGUGGAAACCUGCGGGGUUUAAUUCUCUCUUUUUUUUUGUAUUAAUAAUAAGAAAAUGUUCUUUCAGGAGUCCUCUGUGUCCAGGACAAAACGGGAAAUUGGAGAAAGAAAGCCUGCUGCAAAAGUGUCUCCACUGUACGGCAAAAGUAAAGUUCUGGUGAGUUCUUGAUCUGGACAUAUUUGAUUUUAUCUGGUAUAUCAUUUUAAAGUUGAACCGAAAUCUUUUGUUUGUUUCAGUCAUGUGCAGGUGAGAUCAAAUGUGUGGUGCUUGAGUGCCCCCUUCAGGGCCUGGAUGGUACUGUGGUUGAACUGAGAUCUCGUCUGUGGAACUCGACUUUUAUUGAGGUAACAUGUUAUGUUUUGAGAUUUAACAUCUAUGUCAUCACCAGUGUUUAACAUAAUUUAUUCAUCUUAACCAAUAAGCUGCUUUUUUCUCUUCUGCACAGGACUAUGCCUCUCUGUCGCACCUGCGCAUCAUCGUGAAAGCGUCUCUUGUCCUCCAAACUCAGGCUAAAAACAUGAUGUUGACAACUCCUGACACUGACGUAAGUACAUCAGUGAAAAAGACACUUUUUUUUUUUAUCUUCAUUUCUAACUGUGUCUCGGUUUCUCUCACUUUGACUUUUUCCAUCAGGUGAUAGUGACAGUGUCUCCAGACAGUGAAGUAGCACAGCACAGUGGGGUUCCCUGGUGGAUCAUACUGGUGGCUGUUCUCGCAGGAAUACUGAUCUUGGCGUUGUUGGUGUUUCUGCUGUGGAAGGUGAGGGGGCCGUUAUAACUUUUCAUCAUCCAUGUUUAGUGGUAGAUCAAAUCCUGGGGCACAAGUUUGUGAUAGAAUGUAAUCUUUACUACUCUCACAUGUAUCUGCUUUUAGCCACCACACUGUAUUUAACUGCACACAUUGAUUUCAGGUCUGGGUUUGAACACACCAAUCAGUGUAAAGUGAACUCAACAUAUGUGGUAUUUGCUCCACAAUCUACUAGGAGCCAGUGUGUUUCUUUGUUUUUCUUGACGAGAUCCUAGUUAUUGUCCAGCAACAUCACUGAUUCUGUCACCCUUAACAAUCCAACCCCUCCCUCUUGCCCCCCCCUCUCAGUGUGGUUUCUUCAAGAGAGCAUCAAAAGACGAAUACGAUGCUGCGUAUCACAAGGCAGAGAUCCAUGUUCAGCCCUCUGACAAAGACAAACUCUCUGCUGAGGCCUGAUUUAUCCUCAGAUCAGGGGUAAAAACAAGCUGCAAGCAUGGAGUGUCAAACUGCGCUCACUGAAACGACUCACUUUGAAGCCAAAUCAGCUGCUUGAAUGCUGCAAAAUUCAAUCAGACACAUACUGUACUGAGCUGAGAAAGAGCUUUUACUUUACAUGAAGUAAUUCUGAUUAUUCUUUGUGUAAAGUUGAAUUUUUAUACAUUAUGUGUCUCUGAAUUUUGCAAAGUAAUUAAUGUAAUUUCUUUCAAACAGGCUUCAAAUAUGUUUUUGGUCUGCAGGUGCUUCUGCUGGCAUGGCUUUCACCGCCUCGCUUUUUGCCCCCUAAAAACCUGCAAAGCAUGCUUAACAUUCCUGCAAGUCCCCUGUUGCUGCUGCUAACACUGUAUACAACUUAUUUUAUCAUUUCCCACUUUUUUUUAAUAAUAAAUCCUUAUUUUGGAUCCCUCUUUUCUUAGUGUGGAUUCUUCCAGCGCUCCAAACAAGACGACAGCAUUCCUCGCUAUCACGCUGUGCGGAUAAAGAAGGAAACUCCUGACUGUAAAGAUGGAAAAAUGAAACUGGAUCCUUUGGAUAAAAAGCAGUGGGUGACAACGUGGACUGACAAUGAAAGUUACUCUUGAGUCUCUUUCUGUCAAACUGAUAGCGUACACAAAAAUUACACAAGUGCCAGUGUCUUAUUGAAUAAGUUUGAGACCACACAAAACUUAAAAACUACACUGAACUUUGAUUUUUGUUCAAUCAACAUGACUCUGAUUGGCAGGAAUUAGUCAGGUUCCUGUCUUUUUCUUACACUGUAUAGAAGAUGAAAUGUUUUUGUAAGCUUUGUAUAUAUUUAAAUACUUUGCACACUGUAUAUUUAUUUUUUUUAUGAAAUAAUUUCAAGCAGCCAAAGAGUGUUUUUU